AUGUCUAGACCUUUAGGGAUUGACACCAUCAAUAUAUCUCCGUCACGCUGUGAACAGAAAUCACCUGUAACUCUGCCUAGAUCACAAAUUUUGAACCCCCUAAAGUAUCUUGAUGAAACCGAGGAAGAAUACAUCGAUGAUCUAAGAUGUUUGGUCGAGCGAGUGUUCACGUGCUGGAAUCGCGGUAACCCUCCGCCAUCCGAGUUAGGUCUCAUGUUUCAUCUGAUCAGUGAGAUUUUUAAGAAGAAUAAAGAUUUUCAUUUGCGACUAAGAAACAUAUCCGAAUCUCAAUCAACACAAGGUCUUGCCGACUUAUUAAUCAAAUGGGCAGAAGAAAUGGAAGAACCAUACUCCAAAUAUUGUCAAGAAUGUAGAAGAGAUAUUGACACAUGGCCAGAAGUUGAACAACAUUCUCCAUUACAAGCUGUUUUAAAUAAACUGACCACUGAAAGAAACAGACCAAUAACAUUGGAAUUCCUUCUGGACAUACCGGUUAAAAGGAUCGGUUAUUAUAAAAAAAUUUAUAUGCGUUUUUCCAAGAUUCCCGAAUUCGGAAAUUUCUAUCAAACACAUCUGAUUGCUGCAAAUGAAAAAUUCGAAAAAAUAAUUGAGUUAGAAAAAAAGGUUAAAUCAUCACCAAAAUCAAGAAUCUCCAAGACCGUUCAUGUGCAAGAAUCACAAAGCACGGAUAAUGGAAGCAAAGACACUCUACUGGCACAUCAAAAAAGUCAGAAUGAUUCAUCAGAACUUAAAAAUCCUACAAAGGUCGAAAAGGAUUCUCAAAUAGAACGAAAGUCAUCUUCGAAUUCUUUAGAUUCCUCCCGCCAAGAUUUGGACUUAUCAGGAAGGAAGAAAAUCUCGAGCCCCGAAGGCAAAAAAAUUUCACAAGAACAGAAAGAUACAAGUAACACUGUAAAUGCAAGAGAAUGGACUUUAAAGGAAUUUGAACACCAAUUAGACACGUCGAAAGUCGUAGAUAUCUUUACAAAUAAGCCGAAGCAAAUUAACAUCGAGCUUCUCCCGUCUCGCCUGCCGUUCAAGCGAGAAUUAAUUCUUCAUGACGAGUUUGUCGUGAUAUUUCCGGGAGACAAGCAAAGAGCCAGCAACCAAAAGCAAGCUCAUGUUUUCUUACUAACCGAUCUUUUAUUGAUUUGCCAAAAAAAGAGUUUAGAUGAAAAAAAACAAAGUCAAUCGGAUAAAGAAUUUUGGUUAACGUAUCCGCCAUUGAGCGGAAGGCAUAUUUCCGUUUGUGAUGAUGACAAGAAAGAUUUGAUUACCUUGAAGAUUUUAAAAAGGGAGAAUUUGAUACUUUUUACUGAAAACAAGAUUACCAGUGAAAAAUGGUCAAGUGAGAUCUCUAACAUGGUCAGAUUUGCGGUUUCGUUAGUGGGCACAAGAACUCAAAUGGGUGCAGACAAAUUACAAAUGUUACGUAAAAUUAGUAGCAAUCCACAAAUUGCAAUACCUACAUUUAAUGAUGCUGCAAAAAGUCCAAGUGGAAUAAGUUUACAUAAUGAACCCACAAACGUUGCGAAUUUACGCAAUGAAUCUGGUGAAGGUUUGAGAAAAUUUUUGAGCGUCGAAAAUUUGUCACCCUCAUCCUUAGAUAACGGAGAGCGAUCAGGGAAACUUAACAAAUCUUCAUCCUUAUCUUCUCUGAGAAGUAACGAUUCUUCUACAAGUAAUUCCGGUUCAAAUUUGUUCCCGAGAGAAAGGCAUAAGGUUUCUCACAAUAAUUCGAACGAAUAUCUCGCGCCUACUCAUUCGGCAUUAGAUUUGAGUUCAACACCAGAACCAGUAACUGAUAAUUAUAUCGACCAUACAAAAACUUUACAUGCUUUUCACUUCUGUGAAAUUAGCUAUCAUGUUGAAAACGGUAAUUACAAGUCGAUUACAGAAAAUAAAGACGAUGAAUUUACUGUUGAAUUAAGGCUGACAGAUACACAGCGAAUUUGCUUGGUCGCUUUGUCGGAGAAAGACAAAAAGAUUGUAUUACAAAAAUUAGUUGAUUCCAAAAACAGUCUGAUCAAGAAGGAUUCUCCGUUUACCGUUAUCAUUAGUAUAAAGAGAGAAAUAGGGAAAAAUGAUGAGGUUUUUAAAAUAUCUUUAUCAACUCCUGGUGAGACCGAAAAAUUAAUAGAGAAAUUUAAUGAUCUCAUACUGCAAAACGGCAAAGAAUUGAUUGUCCCAACAAAACCCCAAUCUUCACAACCAUCAUCCCAAUUCCCUCAGCAAUAUACUAGUCGACCAAUAUCUCCUCAAUCCUCACCACAAUUUUUUCCGAAACAAACAUCCCGUCCAUCAUCACCUUUCGUACCGCAACCAACUUUGCUGGCUCCAACUCAAGUAGUCUCAAGAUCUUCUUCACUACAACAAAUUCAGCAACAUCAACCCGUAAAAAAUUCCCGAAAUCAAAUCCGUGAAGUGGAACAUCAGAAUUCCUCAAUAGUUUUAGAAUCUCAAUGUAAACUUUUUUUAAAGAACGAUCACGGAAUUUGGACUAACUUGGGAUCGGGUAACAUGAAGUUAUUACUGGAAACACCUUCACGUCGGAAACGAGUUGUAGUCAUCUCUGAAAAGAAUUCGACAAAAUUGGUGGACACGAUUAUUUGGGAAACGGGAGUUGAGAAAGUCGGUAAAAUCUCUAUUGCGAUCACCUUGAAUAAUAUUGUCGGGAAUGCAGGCAAUCCUCCGAUCGUUUAUAUGAUGCAGAUGAAAGAUAAGAAUGUAGUUAAUAAGGUUAUGGAUAUUCUGAAAGGAAGACAAAAAAGGUGA